AAAUUAGUAUUCAUUUCACGGCAAACAAGUAAUAACCGCUGUGACUGUAUUGCGGGACCAGUCCUGGAUGACACUUCCAACUGGGCUGAUGCCCGAGAAUAUGCACCGCAAAGUGUUAAAUAAGUUCGGAUCCAGCUGUCCGACAACUCGUGUCUCCCUCACAAUCCAUUCACCAGCGCUCAUCCUGCUACAAUGCCUGCUCCCGAAGUUACACCCCUCCAUACACACGCUGAGACUACCAAAACAUUGGGGCAUGUUAACUUGAUGGUAGACACAUUGAUCGCAAAUGCCACGAUAGAAGAUUUGCGCGCGAUCACUCGAAAUCUCCUCGCAACCGGCACUCCCAGUCUUGCAGCCGCAUUCACAGCCGCGGCACGAUCGCGUCUUCGUCAGACCAAUGCUAGACGUAUAGCGACAACAAAUGGUUUAUUCACGACUAGUCAAAAUGGUAUCCAUGCCAUUCCCACACAAGAGCUAGAUCAUGCCCUCGCCCGCGCCCGUUCUCUAUAUGGAGCUGGAAUGGGUUUUGCAAGUUUGGCUAUCCUUUCUUCUAUUGUCAAAGCGACUGUUGGUUUGAGAUGGGAAGAAGAUGGCGCAAUGGCCGAUGUUCUGGCAGCUAUCGAUACGGACAUUAGCCAAGCCAUGCAGAGUUGCAAAGAAGAACUGGAAGGUGGACGCGUGAGCGAUACGGCGGUUCCUCAGGAAGCGAUAGGCAAUCUAUGGUCGGAUAUCGGGGAAAGUGCCAGGGAUGUCGAAAUUUGGGGAGGAGAAUUUCCUUUUGACAGAGCAUCCAAUAGCAUCGAGUGCUGGAAGUUUUAGCACACCUGUCUAGAGUUGUAAUUACAACUUGACUGAUUAUCUCGUUGUGGAGCGGACACCACGUAGCCACUAUUGAGCCUGAGGGCAUUUAGCGUGUAACCACCAGAAUCAUGAGG